CCAGGUGGACGGGUGAAAUGUCAGUAUAUUUCAGCUGUGGAUAAAGUGAUCUUUGUGGACGAUUAUGCAGUAGGAUGUAGGAAAGAUCUCAAUGGCAUCUUACUGUUAGACACAGCUCUGCAAACGCCUGUUUCAAAACAAGAUGACGUGGUUCAGCUUGAAUUGCCAGUUACAGAGGCUCAGCAGCUCUUGUCUGCUUGCAUAGAAAAAGUCGAUGUUUCUAGCACAGAGGGAUAUGACUUAUUCAUCACCCAACUGAAGGAUGGUUUAAAAAAUACCUCACAUGAAACAGCAGCAAAUCAUAAAGUUGCAAAGUGGGCAACGGUUACGUUCCACCUUCCUCAUCAUGUUUUGAAGUCUGUCGCCAGUGCCAUUGUAAAUGAACUCAAGAAGAUAAAUCAAAAUAUUGCUGCCUUACCUGUAGCAUCCUCUGUGAUGGAUAGGUUAUCUUACCUCUUACCUAGCGCACGGCCAGAACUUGGUGUGGGACCUGGUCGAUCUGUGGACAGGUCUUUGAUGUAUAGUGAGGCUAACAGACGGGAGACAUUCACUUCAUGGCCUCAUGUGGGCUAUAGGUGGGCACAGCCAGAUCCUAUGGCUCAAGCUGGGUUCUAUCACCAGCCUGCUUCAUCAGGAGAUGACAGAGCUAUGUGCUUUACCUGUAGUGUGUGUUUGGUGUGCUGGGAGCCCACAGAUGAACCCUGGUCUGAACAUGAGAGACAUUCCCCAAACUGCCCGUUUGUCAAGGGUGAGCACACUCAGAAUGUACCUCUUUCAGUCACACUGGCAACAAGUCCAGCCCAGUUUCCCUGCGCAGAUGGCACUGACAGAAUAGCAUGCUUUGGAUCUGGAAGUUGCCCUCACUUUCUAGCUGCUGCAACAAAACGAGGAAAGAUCUGCAUAUGGGAUGUUUCCAAACUUAUGAAGGUCCACUUGAAAUUUGAGAUCAAUGCAUAUGAUCCAGCUAUUGUGCAGCAACUUAUGUUAUCAGGAGAACAGAGCUCAGGGGUUGACUCAAGGAGACCAACGCUAGCAUGGCUAGAGGAUUCAUCUAGCUGCUCAGAUAUACCAAAAUUAGAAGGAGACAGUGAUGACCUACUGGAGGAUUCAGACAGUGAAGAGCAUUCCAGAUCGGAAUCUGUGACAGGGCAUACAUCACAAAAGGAAACUAUGGAAGUCAGCCUUGAUGUAACAGCUCUCAGCAUUCUUCAGCAACCCGAAAAACUUCAGUGGGAAAUUGUUGCAAAUGUUCUGGAAGACACGGUUAAGGAUCUAGAAGAACUUGGGGCAAAUCCCUGUUUGGGCAACUGUAAGAGUGAAAAGAUGAAGGAAAAACAUCUAGAACAACACAACAUUCCCUUUCCUUGUUUAUUAGCUGGAGGUCUAUUAACAUACAAAUCGCCUGCUACCUCUCCUGUGAGCAGUAACUCUCAGAGGUCACUGGAUGGCUUAAGUAGGACUCGAGGUGAAAGUGUCUCGGAACAGGGAUCAACUGACAAUGAAUCCUGCACUAAUUCAGAACUGAAUUCCCCUCUGGUAAGGAGGACUUUACCUGUGUUGCUGCUAUACAGCAUUAAGGAGUCUGAUGAAAAAGCAGGAAAACUCUUUUCACAGAUGAACAAUAUUAUGAGUAAAAGUAUACAUGAUGAUGGUUUCACAGUUCCACAGAUCAUUGAAAUGGAGCUGGACAGUCAGGAGCAAUUGCUGUUACAGGACCCCCCUGUGACCUACAUUCAGCAGUUUGCAGAUGCUGCAGCCAACCUAACUUCUCCGGACUCGGACAAGUGGAGCUCCAUGGUUCCCAAGCCUGGGACUCUGGUUCAGUGCCUGCGUCUGCCAAAGUUUGCAGAGGAGGAGAACCUGUGUGUAGAUUCAAUCACUCCUUGCGCAGAUGGAGUUCAUUUGUUAGUAGGACUGAGAACUUGUCCUGUUGAAUCAAUGAGUGCAAUAAAUCAAGUAGAGGCCUUGAAUAAUUUAAAUAAAUUAAACUCGGCACUAUGUAAUAGAAGGAAGGGGGAACUAGAAUCAAGUCUUGCUGUAGUGAAUGGCACGAGUAUUGAUGUAAUCCAGCAUGAGUCACCAGCAGAUGUACCAACUCCUUUAAUAAUUCAGCCUGAACAGAGAAGUGUUAGUGGUGGAUACCUAGUGCUUUAUAAGAUGAAUUAUGCUACUAGAAUAGUUACUCUAGAGGAGGAACCAGUAAAAAUCCAGCAUAUCAAAGACCCCCAAGACACAAUUACCUCAAUGAUUUUGCUCCCACCAGAUAUAUUGGAUAAUCGAGAGGAUGACUGUGAGGAGCCUGUAGAGGAUGUACAAUUAACCUCUAAAAAUGGCAGUGGGAGAGAGAGAAGAUCUGAGAUCUCUACUCUUGGGCACCUGGUAAUAACUACUCAGGGAGGAUAUGUAAAAAUACUAGAUCUUUCGAACUUUGAAAUUCUGGCCAAAGUGGAGCCACCUAAAAAAGAGGGCACUGAGGAACCAGAUCUGUUUGUCUCUGUGAUAUACUGUUCGGGCACAGACAGAUUAUGUGCAUGCACCAAAGGUGGAGAACUUCAUUUCCUUCAGAUUGGAGGGACCUGCGAUGACAUAGAUGAAGCCGAUAUACUUGUAGAUGGAUCCCUUUCCAAAAGCGUAGAACAGUCGUCAGAAGGCACCAAGCCCUUAUCUAACCCUUCUAGUCCAGGCAUUACAGGAGUCGAUCUUUUGGUGGACCAGCCAUUUUCCCUUGAAACCCUGACAUCCCUGGUGGAACUGACCCGUUUUGAGACCUUGACGCCCCGGUUUUCAGCCACUGUCCCUCCCUGUUGGGUAGAAGUCCAGCAAGAGCAGCAGCAAAGGCGGCAUCCGCAGCAUUUGCACCAGCAGCAUCAUGGGGAUGCAGCUCAGCAUACUCGAACUUGGAAGUUACAGACAGACAGCAACAGCUGGGAUGAGCAUGUCUUUGAACUGGUUCUACCAAAAGCCUGUAUGGUUGGACAUGUGGACUUCAAAUUUGUUUUGAAUUCAAACAUCACAAACAUUCCCCAGAUUCAAGUGACUUUACUGAAAAAUAAAGCUCCAGGAUUAGGAAAAGUCAAUGAGGCUGCAGUAGAUAGACAGAUCACGUUUCCUUUAUCUCCAGCUCAUAAUAAUGAAGUGGAGAGAAAUGGAAAACCAGGACUGGUUGAAUUCAGUGAAGAAAUGCAGUAUAUGGAUGUAGAGGAACCACAAUGUCUUAGAUUGUGUCCGUUUCUGGAGGAACAUAAGGAAGAUAUACUUUGUGGUCCAGUAUGGCUGGCUACUGGACUUGAUCUAUCAGGACAUGCUGGAAUGUUGACAUUAACAAGUCCAAAGCUUGUUAAAGGCAUGGCUGGUGGCAAGUACCGCUCAUUUUUAAUUCAUGUUAAAGCAGUGAAUGAUAGAGGAACAGAAGAAAUCUGCAAUGGUGGUGUUAGACCGGUAGUUAGAAUACCGUCUCUAAAACCUCAGACUAACAAGGGCCAUUCCCUUGCUUCCUUGUUGGCAAAAGUUGCAGCAGGCAAGGAAAAGCCAUCUAGCAAAAUUGAAGCCACUAAUUGUACAAGAAAAUCAGAUAAUCUGAGAGGCUGUGACUUACUUCAAGAAGUCUCUGUAACAAUUAGAAGAUUUAAAAAAACUUCCAUUUCAAAGGAAAGAGUUCAACGGUGUGCCAUGUUACAGUUUUCAGAGUUCCAUGAGAAGCUGCUCACCACCCUUUGCAAGAAGACAGAUGAUGGUCUGACUACAGAACAUGCUCAGAGUCUUGUACUAGACACGCUUUGUUGGCUGGCUGGAGUUUAUUCAAAUGGACCUGGCAGCUCAAAGGAAGGAAAUGACAGCUUGCUUUCUAAAACACGUAAAUGUGUGUCUGAUAUAAUACGUGUUUGCUUCUUUGAAGCUGGGCGGAGCAUAGCUCACAAAUGUGCACGAUUUCUUGCACUGUGCAUCAGCAAUGGCAGGUGUGACCCAAGUCAGCAGGGGUUUGGAUCAGUUCUUCUAAAAGCUUUACUUGACAAUAUGCCUCUCUUGCCUGCUGCUGCAACAGGUGGAUCUGUGUAUUGGUAUUUUGUAUUGCUGAAUUAUGUAAAAGAUGAAGAUUUGGCAGGAUGUAGUACAGCUUGUGCAUCAUUGCUAACUGCUGUGUCCCGACAGUUGCAGGAUCGGCUAACACCUAUGGAAGCAUUACUUCAAACAAGAUAUGGAUUAUAUAGUUCGCCUUUUGAUCCAGUUCUGUUUGAUUUGGAAAUAAGUGGCUCUUCGUGUAAAAAUGUAUACAACAGCAGCAUUGGAGUUCAGUCAGAUGAAAUUGAUUUGUCUGAUGUUCUAUCAGGAAAUGGGAAAAUAAGUAGCUGUGCAGCUGCUGAAGGUAGUUUUACUUCCCUUACUGGACUUCUGGAAGUUGAACCUCUGCACUUUACCUGUGUUUCAACAAGUGAUGGAACUAGAAUAGAAAGGGACGAUGCAAGUACGUUUACUGUGAGUACGUUUGGGGUUACCCCAGCAGUUGGUGCCCUCUCUUCUGGAACAGUUGGGGAAGCCUCGACAGCACUGAGUUCAGCAGCCCAGGUAGCUUUGCAGUCUCUCUCUCAUGCAAUGGCCUCAGCCGAGCAACAGCUCCAGGUGCUGCAAGAGAAACAGCAGCAGCUUUUGAAGCUUCAGCAACAGAAAGCUAAGCUGGAAGCAAAACUGCAUCAGACAUCAGCAGCGGCAGCGGCAGCAGCAGCAGCAGCAGGAGUUGCUCCUGUUCACAACUCUGUGCCUUCUAAUCCAGUAGCAGCCCCAGGGUUCUUCAUCCAUCCUUCAGAUGUCAUUCCACCCACACCAAAAACAACUCCUCUAUUCAUGACUCCACCUUUGACUCCACCUAAUGAGGCAGUUUCUGCUGUUAUUAAUGCAGAGCUCGCUCAGCUUUUCCCUGGUUCAGUCAUUGAUUCCCCAACAGUUAACCUUGCAGCACAUAACAAAAAUACAAGCAAGUCUAGAACGAAUCCACUCGGAUCCGGUCUUGCUCUUGCAAUAUCUCACGCUUCACAUUUUCUUCAACCUCCACCUCAUCAGUCAAUUAUUAUAGAGCGAAUGCACUCAGGAGCAAGAAGAUUUGUGACCUUAGACUUUGGAAGACCUAUACUGCUGACGGACGUAUUGAUUCCCACUUGUGGAGAUUUGGCUUCUUUGUCAAUUGACAUCUGGACUUUAGGAGAAGAAGUGGAUGGAAGGCGACUGGUAGUAGCUACUGACAUCAGCACACAUUCACUUAUCUUGCAUGACUUGUUGCCACCCCCAGUUUGCAGGUUUAUGAAGAUCACUGUUAUUGGUCGAUAUGGUAGCACAAAUGCCAGAGCAAAAAUCCCAUUAGGAUUUUAUUAUGGCCAUACCUAUAUCUUACCCUUUGAAAAUGAGCUGAAACUAAUGCAUGAUCCCCUCAGAGGAGAAGGUGAAGCUGCAAAUCAGCCAGAAAUUGACCAACAUUUGGCAAUGAUGGUUGCGCUGCAAGAAGACAUACAAUGCAGGUACAAUUUGGCCUGUCAUCGGUUAGAAAUCCUCCUGCAAAGUAUUGACCUGCCACCACUCAAUAGUGCUAACAAUGCCCAGUACUUUUUACGAAAGCCAGACAAGGCUGUAGAAGAAGAUAGCAGAGUAUUUUCUGCUUACCAGGACUGCAUUCAGCUACAGCUUCAACUCAACUUGGCUCACCAUGCUGUUCAGAGGCUCAAAGUAGCUUUAGGCGCAAGCAGGAAGGCAUUGAAGGAGCAAUCUGAUCCAAAGGAGUUGAUUCAGAUGUCAUCCACAGAACAGUUACGCACCAUCAUUAGAUACUUACUGGAUACUUUGCUUAGUCUGCUUCAUUCUUCCAAUGGGCACUCUGUUCCUGUGGUUCUGCAGAGUACUUUCCAUGCUCAAGCUUGUGAAGAAUUAUUUAAACACCUGUGUAUCAGUGGAACCCCAAAGAUACGAUUGCAUACUGGCCUUCUGCUUGUUCAGCUCUGUGGAGGAGAAAGAUGGUGGGGUCAGUUCCUCUCAAAUGUACUGCAGGAAUUAUACAAUUCAGAGCAACUUCUCAUAUUCCCACAAGACAGGGUCUUCAUGUUGCUUUCUUGCAUUGGCCAAAGAUCGCUUAGCAACAGUGGUGUCUUAGAAAGUUUACUUAAUCUCCUGGAUAACCUGCUGUCACCACUGCAACCUCAUUUACCUGUGCACAGAAGAACUGAAGGAGUUUUAGACAUUCCCAUGAUCAGCUGGGUUGUAAUGCUGGUGUCCAGACUACUAGAUUAUGUAGCUACAGUUGAAGAUGAAGCAGCCACAGCCAAGAAACCUCUGAAUGGAAAAGAGAGGGAACGAUUUUUAACAGGAAACCAGUGGAGUUUCAUAAAUAAUAGCCUUCACACUCAGAGUCUGACCAGAUCUACUAAAGGCAACAGUAGCCUAGAUAGACUGUAUUCCCGAAAGAUCAGAAAACAGCUUGUGCAUCAUAAACAGCAACUUAACUUAUUAAAAGCAAAGCAGAAAGCUUUGGUGGAACAGAUGGAGAAAGAGAAAAUACAAAGCAACAAAGGAUCAUCAUACAAACUUUUAGUAGAACAGGCAAAACUAAAGCAGGCUACUUCAAAGCACUUCAAGGACUUAAUACGCUUACGCCGGACUGCAGAAUGGCCUCGUUCUACUUUGGAUACAGAAGUAUCAACAACCAAGGAAACUCCAGAAAUUGAACCACUUCCUUUUACACUGGCACAUGAACGUUGUAUUUCUGUAGUGCAGAAGCUGGCACUGUUUCUCCUGUCCAUGGACUUUACUUGUCAUGCAGAUUUACUUCUAUUUGUUUGUAAGGUUCUUGCUAGAAUUGCAAAUGCUACAAGACCAACAAUUCAUUUAUGUGAGAUUGUUAAUGAGACUCAGCUGGAAAGAUUAUUACUGCUUCUCGUUGGAACUGACUUUAACAGAGGAGACAUCUCUUGGGGAGGAGCAUGGGCUCAGUAUUCUCUGACUUGUAUGCUGCAGGAUAUUCUAGCAGGAGAGUUGUUGGCACCUAUAGCAGCUGAAGCAAUGGAAGAAAGUGCUUUGGGAGAAGAUGCUGGAGCGUCGGCUGGGGAUUCUGAUGACUCUCUCCAGCAGUCCACAGUUCAGUUGGUGGAAACAAUUGAUGAGCCUUUGACACACGACAUCACAGGUGCUCCACCUCUGUCAUCUUUGGAAAAAGAUAAGGACAUUGAACUUGAAUUACUACAAGACCUGAUGGAAGUUGAUAUUGAUCCUUUAGAUAUUGAUUUGGAAAAAGAUCCCCUUGCAGCUAAAGUCUUCAAGCCUAUAAGCAGCACCUGGUAUGACUACUGGGGUGCCGAUUAUGGCACCUACAAUUACAAUCCUUACAUCGGAGGUGUUGGAAUUACAGUUGCAAAACCACCGGUAACUACAGAGAAAAAUGGAUCUCAAACUGUGAGCGUAUCAGUCUCUCAAGCUUUAGAUGCACGUCUAGAAGUUGGACUUGAACAGCAGGCUGAGCUGAUGCUGAAAAUGAUGUCCACCUUGGAGGCUGAUUCCAUUCUACAAGCGUUAACAAAUACAUCUCCUACAUUAACCCAGUCUCCUAGUGGAACAGAUGAUUCAUUGCUAAGAGGAUUACAUGCUGCUAACCAAAAUGCCCAGCUGAUUGUACAGUUGUCAUCUAUACCUAUGCUGAGCACGUGCUUCAACAAACUCUUUUCCAUGCUACAAGUCCACCAUGUUCAGCUUGAAUCCCUUUUACAGUUAUGGCUCACAUUAAGCCUAAAUUCCAGCUUCUCUGGAAGUAAAGAUAGUGGCGCUGAUAUUUUCCUUUAUAACGCUAACAGAAUACCUGUCAUUUCCUUGAACCAAGCUUCGGUAACUAGCUUCCUGUCAGUUCUGGCAUGGUAUCCUAAUACUUUACUCCGGACGUGGUGCCUUGUGCUUCAUAGCCUAACUCUCAUGACAAAUAUGCAGCUUAAUGCUGGUCCAAGCAGUGCCAUUGGAGCUCAGGAAAGUACUGCCCAAUUGUUGGUGUCAGAUCCAAACCUCAUUCAUGUGUUAGUGAAAUUUCUCUCCGGCACUAAUCCUCAUGGGACAAAUCAACACAGUCCACAGGUUGGACCAACAGCGACACAAGCUAUGCAAGAAUUUCUUACUCGAUUACAAGUGCACCUUUCUUCAACCUGUCCUCAGAUGUUUAGUGAAUUUUUACUGAAAUUAGUUCAUAUACUUUCAACAGAAAGGGGUGCUUUCCAGACAGGCCAGGGACCCUUGGAUGCACAAGUGAAACUCUUGGAGUUUACCCUGGAACAGAAUUUUGAAGUUGUAUCCGUUAGCACUAUUUCUGCAGUAAUUGAGUCUAUAACCUUCCUUGUGCAUCAUUACAUUACAUGUUCAGACAAAGUGAUGUCUCGCAGUGGCUCAGACAGCUCUGUGGGUGCUCGAGCGUGUUUUGGAGGGCUUUUUGCCAAUAUUAUCCGUCCAGGUGAUGCCAAAGCAGUUUGUGGAGAAAUGACAAGGGAUCAGCUUAUGUUUGAUUUGUUAAAACUAGUGAACAUUUUAGUUCAACUGCCGCUUUCCAGUAACCGAGAAUAUAGUGCUCGUGUUCCAGUAGCAAGCAGUACUACAGACAGUGUGUCUGAUGAAGAAAAGGUUUCAGGAGGCAAAGACGGCAAUGGAAGCAACCCUAAUACUCAAGGAUCGACUGCCUAUGUGGCAGAUUUGGUGUUAGCCAACCAGCAAAUUAUGAGCCAGAUUUUGUCUGCACUUGGCCAGUGUAACAGCAGCGCUAUGGCAAUGAUUAUUG